AUGGCAUUUCAAUUCUGAAGGACACAAGGCUCUUUGUAUACCAUCCCAAUAUUGAAACGUGUUGAUCAGGUCAGGUUAACGCCUGCAACCCCCUUCUCAAUCGGGUCCCUUGUCCCAUUUCCGUAUUACCAUCCGUUGCCCUCGUCCUCUCUCUCUGUCUCUAGGGCACAAAACAAAUUGGAGGAACAAACGCGAGUUUGCGCAUGUGUCUCUCCACUACUUUGUUCCGAAGAAGGGCAUGAUAAUUGCCACAAACCCCUGAGGUUAUGGGGGAUCCCACGGAGAAGCGGGACAUGGAAUGUUUGUUUCAGUGGGAUGAACCUUCCCAACUCUACUACCAUGCCAGUAGUGGGUUCUAUCAUGAUCCAAAUGCCGGAUGGUACUAUAGCAGUCUCGAUGGUUGCUACUACACAUUUGAGAACGGCAAUUAUGUGCCUAUGGAGUCCAACAAGGAUCCUAAUGCUGAUCUAUCCAAAUCAAUGAGUCCUCCUGAGCUAGUCACAGAGAAUCCGUGCAACAUGGAAUGCGACAACAGUUAUGCUGUAGAUGAUCCAUGUCCACCAUCGGAAUGGUUAGAGGAGACCCUUAUUAACCUUUACUUGAUGGGUUAUCCCAAUUCAGAGACUGCCAACAAGGCGAAACAAGAUAUGCCAGAUAUAGGGACCGAUUCUACUUCUAGUAACCAAUGUUUAGAAAAUGUUGAUCAUGGACAUUGUAAGAAUUUGGAGCCAGAGAAUUCAUCUUCAGAAGACCUGAAUGACGGGGAUCAUACUGAGGAGAUAGAGGCUGAGUGGAUUCCUGAGCAUGUGCAAAAUGAGGUUGUGACAAGCAGCAAAGUGUCUUCUUGUGAAGAAGAAAUUGUUGUAGAAAAUCAAUCUUGGGAUGAAGAAAAGUGGCGAGCUCAAUAUGGACAGGUAGUUCAGUCUCUGGAUGAAUGCACACCUAGUACUUCUACAGUGGAUUUAUGGGAUUGGGCAUUGGUUACAAAAGCUAGUAAAAGGAAAAAUAGAAAAGUGGUCUGGCUGGUUGGAAGGCUAGUUAGAAGGUCUGCCAAGUUGCAUCCUUCUAUGUGUGGCCUUCUUAAAACUGCUGCUGUAUCUGAAACACAUCUUGAUCUUGUACGAGUUAAUUCAGGGAAAGUGUAUAGAUUGAGAAGUCCAAGUGCUAAAUACCUCACAUCUUUGUCGAGUUACUAUGAUUCUUCCAAUCCCACCAAGGAUUGGGGCUUUCCUGAUUUCUGUGUUCGUGAGGGGGGUCUUGAGCCGGAGGCCUCGGACAUCGUUUUUAGUGAAGAUCCAAGUUCUGGUCAAGAUCACUCUGUAACAGCACAGAAGAAUCACAUCUAUGUAGACAGAGCUGCCGAGAGAAGAAAGCUACAUGGUGGUUUUGGAAUAGGGCCUGGUCAGAAGAGCGUGAAAUAUAAUGUUGAUGAGGUUGAAUCAUGUUCAGGAUCUACUCAUUCCGGAGAAGCUUUAGCCGAAGCCCUUGACUUCUCCUUUGGACCUGGCAGUUAUUCAAGAAGGCUUUUAGAGGGCAUGGGCUGGAAAGAGGGACAAGCUCUAGGGAAAGGCACCAAGGGUUUGCUUGAACCACUUCAAGCAGUGGGGAACAAAGGCUCAGCAGGGUUAGGCUGGAAAAGUGGCAGAGUUUGAGAGAACAUAUUCAAUGAGGGUAGGAAUUCAGCUUUAGUGCAUGAAGACACAGACACAAAGUGGAAUACGGGAACAGUGUGUAAAUAUUAUUAUUUUUUAUGUUGAUAUGUAUGAAUUAACAUAUUGCUAGGAAUACUCGUGCAUGUUGUGAGUCUUCACACAAAGAAGCAUUUGAAAAGAAUAAUAAUCUUACUAAAAUUUGGCUAUUUAAAAAGAAUCUGAUCAG